GUCUAUAGCAACUUAGUCGGCCAUUACUAGUUGUAAACAGAAGUUUGGGAAAGAUCUCAAAAAUGCCACCAGCAAAACUGGGCAAAGGAAAGCCGGAGGGCAUGUCAGGAGUAGCUAACAUGAUGAAAAGAAGGCAAACCAGAAUUCGUGAUGGUGAUGACAUGACAGACAUUGAUGGCACGGACAAUGAUGAAUGGGUGAAUACCAAGACGCUGGUGAAACCAGAUGACCAGCUGGACCUUUCAGAACAGGAGCUGAAGGAGGAGUUCACACGUAUUCUGACAGCCAACAACCCUCAUGCCCCACAGAAUAUCGUCAGAUACAGCUUCAAGGAGAAGCAGUACAAGCAGACAUCAAGUGUGGACCAGCUGGCGAUCCACUUUGCCCUGGAUGGCAACAUGAUCCACAAAGACUCGGAUGAGGCACAGAGGCAGCAGGCCAAAAUGGGGGUUCCUGAGGCUCACAGUGAGCACGCAGUAAGUGAGGCAGGAGAGGCCCCUUCCGCUGGUGCUGAGGGAGAGGAGGCCAAAGAGGAGCAAUCCCCCGUGCAGGAAGCAGACAUGGAUGAGGCCAAGGAUGAGCAGAGAGAGGAUGCUGUGACUCCAGCCCCCGCACAAGCAGCCGGAGGUGCCUCACGGAAACUCACCAACCAGUUCAACUACAGUGAACGGGCCUCACAGACAUACAACAACCCUUAUAGGGAGAGGGGAACAGCGACAGAACCACCACCACGUGCUGUGUUCUCCUCAAAUGUCACACAAUGGGAGAUCUUUGAUGCCUACCAAGAGGACUUUGAGAAACAGGAAAAGAACAAGGAGAAAAAGGUGAUCCCAGGAAGAAAGGAGGAGGAGAAGUCACGCAAACGCCUCACCAUUACUGAGACUUCGCAGGGUGAUGACGUGUCACGCAUUUCAAAAGCUUCCAAGAUCGUGGAGAGAAUGGUUAACCAGAACACAUACGAUGAUAUUGCUCAAGAUUUCAAGUACUGGGAGGAUCCGUCCGAUGAGUACCGUGACAAUGAAGGAACACUCCUCCCACUGUGGAGAUUCUCAUUUGAGAAAGCGAAGAAGCUUGCUGUGACCUCCCUUUGCUGGAACCCAAAAUACAGAGACCUGUUCGCUGUCUCCUUUGGAUCCUAUGACUUCAUGAAGCAGGGAAAUGGCAUGAUCUUGUUCUAUUCCCUUAAGAACCCCUCUUUCCCUGAGCACAUUUUUGAGACCGACAGCGGAGUUAUGUGCCUUGAUGUGCACCCAGAGCACCCAUAUAUGGUGGCCGUGGGUUUCUAUGAUGGCAGCGUAGGUGUGUACAAUGUACAGAAGAAGGAUGGACCAGUCCAUAGAUGCACGGCCAAGAAUGGCAAACACACUGACCCGGUCUGGCAGGUUCGCUGGCAGAAGGAUGACCUUGAAAACAACCACAACUUCUAUUCCAUCUCCUCCGAUGGCCGAAUCGCACACUGGACCAUACUUAAGAAUGAGUUGACAUUCCAAGAUGUGAUCAAGCUCGCCUUACCUGACGCCCCAGCUGAAGGUCCAGAUGGUACAAAGAUAAGCACUAUAGGUUGUGGCACUGCCUUUGACUUCCACCGUAAGAACGACUACCUGUUUGUGGUGGGGACAGAGGAGGGCAAGAUCCACACAUGCUCAAAGGCAUACAGCAGCCAGUUCCUUGACUCCAUGGAUGCACACAAUAUGGCUGUAUACAAGGUUCGCUGGAACCCAUACCACCCCGACAUCUAUGUCACAUGCAGUGCUGACUGGACGGUCAAGAUCUGGGAACGUGGAACAAAAUCUGCAUCAGACAAAAAUGAAUCAGGAGAUUCCUCAGCAAAGAAGCCACUGUUCACCUUUGAUCUAAACAACUCUGUUGGAGACGUAGCCUGGGCCCCAUUCUCAUCCACUGUGUUUGCUGCAGUCACUGCCGAUGGCAAGCUGUUUGUAUAUGAUCUGAAUGUGAACAAGUAUGAGCCGCUGUGUGAGCAGAUGGUGGCACAGAAAAAGAAAACCAAACUCACCCACCUUGAGUUUAACCCGGUCUAUCCCAUGGUUAUAGUAGGAGAUGACAGGGGAACUGUUACCAGUUGCAAACUUUCACCAAAUCUUAGAAAACAACCAAAAGAGAAGAAGGGCGUUGCAGCCCCAGACCCGGCAGCACGUGAGCAAGCAGAGAUCGCCAAACUUGACAAGAUCUUGCUUAUGGUGCGUGAUCCCCCAGAGGGCAAGAACUAGAGCAAAACACCAACCAUUGCCUGUACUGCUGAUAACAUACCAACCAACUUCAAUCUUCUCGGUUGUUAUUUAUUCUGUGGAAUAUUGAAGGAUCUACAGUAGUAUGAAAUAUCAGAUACUCUAACUUUAAACAAAGAUACUAUCAUACGAAUCUAAAUACAGCUUAAUUUAUUUGUGAACAGCACCUAAGGUGGUUAUUAAUUGUAAAUAUGCUGUGUACACUGACGUGGACUAUGACCUUGCUGGAUAUGGACACAGCUAUAACAAUACGAAAAUACCCCUGCCAAUAUUUUAUCUAAUGACAGUUGAUACUAUCUUAGUAUAAAUCUAUUUAUUUGUUGUUGAUAAUUUGUUGGCAUUUUCUGUGAUGUUGUAUUUCCAAUUUUAUUUAUUGGAUAGUAUGUGAACACCAAUAAAUUAAAAAGCAACA